CUCAAAGGAAAGGACUGAAGGGGAAACAUUUAGGUUCCCAUAAAGGAUCAAGAUAUUUUUCUCUUGGGUGAGUUCUCCUCAUGCUAUUAUAACCUCAAGUGGGUGAAUUCCUGCAUUAACAACUAGUCAAAAUGUCCUUCCUUGGAGCAUUUGGAUCAGGACACUUUUUGGGGCCAAAGAGGGACGUGCCACCUCCUCCAGUUUCACCACCUCCUCCACCACUCUUAGAGGAGCCAUGGAGGGAGGUGUCGGAGAAGUACAAGGAAAAUCUUGACUUUGUGAAAUCUUACCAACCUGAAAACGAACAAGUCAAACAUCUCAGGAUUCUGCUUCAUGGACCAGUUGGUGCUGGAAAGUCGAGCUUCAUCAACUCUGUCGACACCGUUUUAAGAGGCAGAUCUGCUGGUCGAGCACAGACAGAUGCAAUCUCUGGGAGCAGCUACACCAGAGAGUACCGGACCUUCAAAUUUCCCAAAAGUCCAGGGGUCAAAUACUCUUUUGUGUUCAAUGACAUCAUGGGCCUUGAGCAAGGAUCUGACAGUGGAAUCAAUGUGAAUGACCUCAAACUGGCCCUGAGAGGACACGUGAAAGACCGUUACAAGUUUGACCCUGACCAAGAACUGACGGAGGAGGAUAAUGGCUACAACUCCCAUCCCACUUUGGAAGACAAAGUGCACGUUCUGGUGUGUGUGGUUCCUGCGGACGUAGUGUCUAGGUUAAGUGCUGAGAUGGUGAAGAAGAUUAGAGAGGUCAGACUGGUAGCCAGUAAACUGGGAAUUCCCCAACUGGCUAUUAUCACCAGAGUUGAUGAAGCCUGUCCCGAGGUUAAAAAGGACACAAGCAAUAUCUAUAAGAGCAAGUACCUGAAGGAAAAGGUUGAAAGAUUCCACCAGCAGCUGGGCCUUCCAAUGAACUGCAUCUUCCUUCUGAAGAACUACAGUCAUGAAACUGAGUCAAAUGACAAAGUAAACGCUGCGAUAGUGUGCGCACUGAAACAGAUGCUUCACUAUGGAGACGACUACCUCAACGACCUGGAAACAUGAAUUCCCCUGAGGCAAAAACACAGUAUGCGAUUUUUAGGGGAAUGAGGAAAUAUUCAGACAAUGUUUACUGUCUUUGCAAGCAGGCAAGCUUGAAGCUUGAAAUAUGGAAUAAAAAUGCAUAAAAAUUAGGUCCUAAAGUCUUUACAUAAUUUCUCUCAUUGAGACUUUGCACAAUAGCAGGACCAUGCGCUGUCAUUACGUCGUUAGCUUGGUGUGACGUCGUCACGUGAUCUGGUCAACAACUCAGCUGUUGUGAUGGUGCCUUCAUGUGCCGACCGAAAGAAGUGAUUCAAAAGCUCUCGUUUUUAUUGUUGAAUCUCAGUAUUUAAAACAUCACCUGCUCUAACAAAUCAAUUUUGCAUUCCUUGUUUGGUCUCUCGUUCAUUAUGUUUAUCUAAAAAAAUAAAAUAAAAUCAGACAAACAUAUGAUUUUGCUAAAGAGACGAACAGACAAAUAUUAUAUAUCAUGUAUAAUAUAAUCUUCUCUAUCCUGCGCUUUACCUCUCUGGGGACUCUUUGUAUUCUUUUUCAGUUUGACCAAUAUUGUGAUGUACUGUUAAUUGAUGUUCUUGCAAUACAAGUUGAUUAAUUAUAUUGUCAUUGUUGGGUUUGUAUCAUGUAUCACUGAGUUCCUAGUGGUGGGAAGAAAUUAAGCAAAAAUAUAAAAAGUAUACUCUGCAAAAAAAUGUAAAUCUUUACUGAGAAGACGCAGCUUUACAGAUAUCCCUUUCUCUACUUAGUUUUCAGUGUGGCAUCAUGCUCUUAUAAUUUUUCUGUACUGUCUUCAAUAAAUGUCUUCUUCCGGGA